AUGUGAAUAGAGAGCAUGCAGGAGAUCAAAGAGAUCCUGGCUGGAGAGUUUACCCAUCAUCUUAGAUAAGAGCUGCAGUUCUUCAGUGAGUCCUGACUGAAAAUAAAUGCUGAGUGAAUUAGCUAAAAUGGAAAAGGCAGUUAUGGGUCAGCUGUCCGGUUUGUAUUUUAUGUGCCAAAUAGUUUUGGGACUCUUGCUUUUUUAGAUGGUGAGUUUUGUUCACUGAGCCAUUUGGUCUGUUGGUUUUUGCAAUUUUUUGUCCCAAAACAUAAAUUGAGUACAGUCUAACUUUCUGCAAAACCUGUUGCCUGAAGGGGAAAAAAAAGAUUAAGAAAGAGGAAGCCCAAAAGCCAAAGCACACUACUAGACAGAAAGGCACUUUAAUUCAUUUAAGAUAGUGUUAAGUAUGUAGGUAUGUUGUUUUCUUCUGCCACACAAUUGCUGCAUGAAUGUGGGUAAAUGUAUGUUUCUUGGAUGUAGUUUAUUCCUUUGUGUUUAAUGUGUUAUUGAUUAAACUGGCCAGUAUAUCUACACUCAAUGCUUAUAGCAUCUUCAAAGCACAGAGGUAAAAUCCUGCAUGAUUCCAGUGUUCUGCUUUCUGUAAGUACUGAGUUUCUUCUUGCCUCCAACUAAUAGCAGUGACACUUGAAAAAAAGAAAGAGAGAGGCAGCUCUUCUGAUAUUUUUGGAUGGCAAUUUGAAAAGCAUUUUGGAAUAUCUGUUUAACCCAUUGUGUUAGGUUUCAGAUACACAGAAUCUAGAGCACUCCAGUUGUAAACUCCAGUGCAUUCUGUUUCUGCAGCUGUUCUUGCAUAGAAAUGAACACUCUCAAAUCCCAAAUAUGCUGAGUUUCAAAUAAUUCUUUUCUAAAGCACUGACUGCUUUCUGCCAAGAUUGAGGUAGACCUUUGUGAGCUGAUUUCUAUAUUUAUAGAAGCCUAAUCAAAGUUUUCUCUUGCAGAAAACAAUGGUCAGCUUCUGAGCAUGUGAUCUCAUGGUGCUGAUGUAAAACCCUUGCAGUUACUGUAUCCUUCCUUUCUUCCUCCCUUUCUUCCCCAUAUCUUUGCUGACCUUCUCCCAUAGUUGUUGCUAUGAGCAAGUGCUGAGCUGCGCUGUUGUAUAAUCCAGUCCUGCCUCAGCCCAGGGAAUGACUCGGGUUGAGAUCUCUAAGAACAGCAGUUCCUGUGACAGAGGCUGAACUGCACAUACCUGGUGCUGAUCCCUUGCGGAUUUGGUUGCUUAAUCUACUUUUCAAAAUGCAUUCUUGUUUCCUGUGAGAGCUGUGGAACAAGACUAUGCCAACUGAAAGCAUUUCACUUGCCUGUUCUUGCUUGAAGAUAGAUUUUCACAUCAAGUUUCCAGUGCCAUCAGUGGAUGCUGGCUGUAAUAAGCCAUUUCUCACUAUGUGGAAAUGAAUAACUUAUUUGGAAAUGUUCUGGUUUUUUGCAUGUAUUAAAUACUGUUAAGUUAGGGCCUUAGUAUCAGAUCUUUGUCAAAGAGCAAAAUUAAUUCUGCCUAAGUGACUUAACAUGCUUUUCAGAAAUUUAGCCUCAUGUUAGAUGUUAUUAUGGGCUUGUUCUUAAUAAACAAAACCCCACUGGUUUCUUCUUGCUUCUCCCCUUUUUGAACAGCAUUUGUACCUUUCUUGCUUUCCUACAUCCUUUGUGCUGGACUUCUCCCCCCAGGCAAUGAAUGACUUGUCUCACACAAGCUUUGGCUUCUGCGUACAGCCUAGAUGCAACUAAUGCCACGUGGAGGGGUGCUCCAAGGACUGCUACAUUUUAUUUUGUUAAUGGCAUGUUUUGCACAUUGGAUUUUUAACCCACACUUGCUGCAUGGAUGUAUAAUAAUGACUACUCUUUUGUUUAACAUUAGAUAAGCAUGAGAUCACCGUGGCACAGCUGCAUGUAUAGUCACUCUUGAAGCAAUUACACACCUAAUUGGCUGGCAAUCUUGGCAUUCUCAAAAUAAACACAAGCCUUUUAAAGAAAGGGGACGUAUUUAUGUAUGAAUAGUCAAAUAAACUUGUUGGGUGUCAUCAAUGGAGCCGUCUGGCACUGAACAGUUGUCUGAUGACCCUGAUCCUGGAGGCAAAUCCCAAGAUCAAGAAACCAAAAAACAACAUGAAUCAGAGCAAAAAUUAUCCAAAAUAACGCAUAAUGCUUUGGAGAACAUUAAUGUCAUUGGUCAAGGCUUGAAGCACCUGUUCCAGCAUCAGCGCAGGAGGUCGUCUGUUUCUCCACAUGAUGUCCAGCAAGCUCAGGCUGAGCUGGAGCCUGACCUGGAUUUGGAAAGCCAGAGCGUCUGUGCUGAAAUUGAUGGUGUCUCCACCCACCCCACAGCUCUGAACCGGGUGCUUCAGCAGAUCAGAGUGCCACCCAAAAUGAAGAGAGGGACCAGCCUGCACAGCAGGUGGGGCAAGGGAGAUGCCCCGAAAGGAAGCCCGCAGAUCAACCGAAGGUCUGCUCAGGAUAUUCAGUCGGGUCGGCCCAGAUCAUCAUCCACUACAGAUGCUCCCACAAACUUGUCUGUGAUGGAGAUUGCUUCUUCUAUCUAUGUAGGUGGAGAAGAGGCCACAGCAGCAGCAAUCGAGCGAUUGGAAGUCAGCAGCUUGGCACAGACCUCCAGUGCCGUGGCCUCCAGCACUGAUGGCAGCAUCAAUGCAGACUCCGUUGAUGGGACCCCGGAUCCGCAGCGGACAAAAGUGGCCAUCACACACCUGCAGCAGAAGAUACUGAAGCUGACAGAGCAGAUCAAAAUCGAGCAAACAGCCCGUGAUGACAACGUGGCAGAGUACCUGAAAUUGGCCAACAAUGCAGACAAGCAGCAGAGUGCCCGCAUUAAGCAAGUGUUUGAGAAGAAAAAUCAAAAGUCAGCCCAGACCAUCUUGCAGCUGCAGAAGAAAUUGGAACAUUACCAUCGAAAGCUGCGAGAGAUUGAACAGAAUGGGAUCCCUCGGCAGCCAAAGGAUGUCUUCAGGGAUAUGCAUCAGGGUUUGAAAGACGUUGGAGCAAAAGUCACUGGCUUCAGUGAGGGAGUGGUUGACAGUGUAAAAGGUGGACUUUCCAGUUUCUCCCAGGCCACACAUUCAGCAGCAGGAGCUGUGGUUUCCAAACCCCGGGAGAUUGCUUCCCUCAUAAGGAACAAGUUUGGGAGUGCAGACAAUAUUGCUAAUCUGAAAGACUCCUUAGAAGAAGGCCAGGAAGAUGGGACAGGUGGCAAGGCUCUAGGUGUUAUUCAGAACUUUCAGUCAAGCCCAAAAUAUGGCAGUGAAGAGGAUUGUUCCAGUGCCACAUCAGGCUCGGUGGGAGCCAACAGUACAACAGGAGGCCCUGUGGGAGCUUCCAGCUCCAAAACAAACACUCUGGAUAUGCAGAGCUCAGGGUUUGAUGCAAUACUGCAUGAGAUACAAGAAAUUCGAGAGACACAGGCAAGACUGGAAGAAUCAUUUGAGGACCUUAAGGUUCGCUACCAGAGGGAUUACACGUUGAUAAUGCAGACCCUGCAGGAGGAGCGGUACAGAUGUGAAAGACUUGAAGAGCAGUUAAAUGACCUGACUGAGCUCCACCAGAACGAGAUUCUCAAUUUAAAACAGGAGCUGGCCAGCAUGGAGGAAAAGAUUGCCUAUCAGUCUUACGAGCGAGCCCGGGACAUCCAGGAGGCGCUGGAAGCGUGCCAGACGCGCAUCUCCAAGAUGGAGCUGCAGCAGCAGCAGCAGCAGGUGGUGCAGUUGGAGGGACUGGAGAACGCCACAGCCAGGAACCUGCUGGGGAAGUUCAUCAACAUCUUGCUGGCUGUCAUGGCUGUCCUCCUCGUCUUUGUCUCCACUGUGGCCAACUGCGUUGUGCCCCUGAUGAAGACUCGCAAUAGGACGUUCAGCACUUUAUUUAUAGUGGUUUUCAUUGCCUUUUUGUGGAAGCACUGGGAUGCCAUCACCGGCUACUUGGAACGAUUCUUGUCUCCCCCCAGAUGAUGGUGGCAGGAAUGGGCUGCGCCGCUCGCUCCUGGUGCUCUUGGUGAGCAAGUGUGGCAAAGAUUAGUCAGCGACUACUCUGCUGAAGUUUUAAAGUGUCCGAGUGAAUUUGUUUACAUUUAGAAUAACGUUUUUUCUCUGCAAGAUGCAUUGCAAUAGUAUUUUUUAGAUUUUACUCAAGAACUCUUUUCGUGAGAAUCCUGGAUAAUUUUUAUGUAGCAUGGUUCUCUUUGGAUGCAAAUCUUAAGAUUCUUUAAAGUGUACAAAAGAAAUGAAUAAAAUACAGAAAUUUGGAGCAUACCAAUGGGCAGUUUAAAUUGUGGCUUGAACUACUGUACUAAACCUGUCAGGAAGAAGAGAACGUGGUUAGCUUAAGACGAGCAAAGCUCAAUCUAGUGCACAGCCUUGAAUGAUGGUACCACAGCAAACCUGUAACACUAAACUUUUACUGUGAAGUCUGCUCACAUUCCAUGUCCGAGUGUAUGCAUUGAGUGGUUUCUUUCCUUAACAAGAGAAAAACAACAACGUGUGGAUCCCUCUCCCAGCUCAGCAUCUGGGUUCGCCGUUUGUGUUAACCUGACUUCAGUAACUUUCUGUAAGGCUGGCUAACUUGGCUGAGUAUAUGGAGUGGAAGCCUCAUGCCAUAUACAGUAACUGCACAGUCGUGCUACACUAUUUUGAAGUAGUCCUUGAAAUACAUAUACUCUUUAAGCAGAAGCCCUUGGUCGCACUUUUAAGGUUUUUUUUUAAUAUAUGUAUAUUCACAGAUUUAAAAAAAAUCCGAACAACAUACUUGAAGAGUGUAAUACUCAAACUCUCAGUGCUUCCUUAUUGUUUCUAAUAGGAUUUUUUAUUAUAAUUAUUAUUAUUAUUAUUGGGGUUUUUUUUGAAGGGGUUGGGAGGGUCAUUACUUUUUUUCUUUGAAAUAAAGAAGUGAUGUUUUUAAAUGAAGAAAUGCGUGAAUAAUUGUGAGCCGUCUUGUCCUGAAGCAGUUCUGAGAAGGGCAGAGAGUAGUUCCUAGUGUCAGGCUGUCAAAUGCAGCACUGUCCAUAUGCCAUUUGUCUGUCCUCCUGAGCUUAAAGAUGCAGCAUCAUGGAAAACAUCUGUUUUUUCCAUACCUUUUUGUCAUGCAGGGCUUUUUUUCCUUUUUCCACAUGUGAAGGAUGCUAUGUUUGUAUUUUUUGUUUGCGUGUCAUCUCUCAUUCCUGGCCUCAGGAUAAGAGCAAGGAAUUUCUGUUCAUCUCUUCCUAGGGAAAAGACAAGUUCUUUUGAGGAAAGAAGUACUGACUCAACAGUUCACUUAACAGAAUGGUUAUCACAAAAAUAGUUCUAAUUAAAAAAAAAAAAACCUGAAAAGUGAAACCAAAGUUUUCGUCCUGUCAGGCUCUGGUAAGAUUAUUUACGUGUCUGUAUCUGUAGUGUGCCAUCCUCUUUUUCAGCCACAAGGGACAGCACUUGGUGCAGACACCUGUGUGUGCAAAUCUCAAAAGGGAAUGCCAGCUUCAAAUGCAGCCCCAAGUCUUCACAAUGUGCCAUUACUGGUGACCUGUUGGUACAGGUAGGCAGCCCUCAAGUCCAAGGAAUCUGUGUUCAUUCUGUGCUGAUUUUUAACUGUUGUCCUUUUCACCAUAACAGUGCCAAGAUUCAUCUUUUGUCUUCAUGAAAUCUAAAAAAAAAACCUCCAGGAUUCUGUCAAAACCAUUUAUGGUGUUUAGUUAGAUCUUACUGUUUUCCUUCAUUCCAGGAUCAACUUCCCUCUAGGAAUCAAAUGUUGCCCAAGUGACCUAAACCAGUUGAAAUCAUACGUGGGCAUGUAUGAGACAUGUACAACAUACAUAUACACACAUACAUAGGCAUUGUGCUAUGGUACAGAUUCUGGGUUCUGAGAAAUUCCCUCAAACAAGGUUAAUACCUUGAGCGUUUUCUGAUUUCCAGCAAAGGCAAGGCCUCCACUGUCCAUCUUUCUUCCUCCAAGGGUUCUUUUUUUCUGUAGUCACAGGAAAUUCAGGUGCCCUUCCCCCAGGGAUCCCAGUACACCUCUCUGUCACCAUGUGCACUAAUCUGCUCCUGUCCUAAUUAAAACAAAGAUUGACAUUUACAGCUGACUCAAGCCCAAACUGCUUGUGCUUUCUGCAGUGCCACAGCCAGAGCAGAGGUGUGUGGCCAUUCCCUCCCUUGCUGCUGGCUCCGGUGAGGCUCUUCUCUAGUGACUCACAUUUCUUGGCUAACUAUCAUCUUGCCAUUUUCCAGGUUUUUUCAGAAACAAAUGUGUGAAUAACAGUAAGAACUGAUUUGGCACAUAACUGAAAUACUUCGUUGCCUUUUUUUUCCUGAAAACUGGCCUUUGUACCUCUUUUUCUCAGUCUUGUACAUACUACAAUUGCUUAAGAUAGGUUUUCAUGUGGUCAAAUCAGGAAGGAGUUAAACACCAGUGGCUCUGGACAUUUAGUGUCGGUAGUAUUUAAGGAAGUGUUGUCCCUCUUCUUUAUAUCCUAAUUUCAUUUCUUUUCUCAACUCUGUCAUAUUCAGUAUCAUUUGCUAGCUUGCCAGAAGGUGCAGGCUUAAUAGAAACUGACAUCUCAGAACUCUUUGGUGAAGGCCAUAUACAUAUGGGUCUGGACAAAGUGUCUGUCUCUCUCUCUCAACAGUUUCUUCCAUUCCAGAAAGUUGUCUGCAGUAACGUCAUGUAUGA